CGGGCGGAAGUGGCGCGGGGAUUCAAAGCGGCGGUUGAGGCGGAAGUGGCGGUUGGACUGACUCCACCACGGUGCUGGGAUGUUGCCACCCCCGAAGGAUCGGCCCCGGGGGGCUGGGGAGCAGCUGGGGGGGCGUCGGGCGAGAGCCCCACGGCAGAGCUGGCAGGUGCUGGCGGAGAGGAACCAGUGUGUGGCCCCCGUGGGGGUCUGGGUGGAGAGUGCCCCCCAGCCGGAGCAGAGCCUGGCCUUCGCUUCAGCAUUUCAGGUAGAGGAGGAGCUGAAGGAGCAGCAACGGGAGAAGGCAGCCAGCCUGAGACGUUUCCAGGGGGAGGUGAAGCAGCGGGUGAACCAGCAGGUCAGGAUGAGAAGAAAGCAGCAGCUGCAGAAGUCCUACGAAGCGGCGGAGAGGGAGAGGUGUGUUGCCAUGCAGUACUCCGACUCCGCGCUGCGCUCCAUCCCCAGGAAGAACACGUGCCUGUUCCGGCGGCACCCCACGCCUGCCAUCGGCGGUCCUGGUGCUCCCACCAUGCCAACGCAGGGGCAAGGGGUGCAAAGCGAGCCCUUCCAGCAGCAAGCUGCCAAGCUUAGCAAAACCGUGAAGCAAGUCCGACACAGGCUGGCAUCCUGCAAAACCAUGCCCCAAGGAGCGGGUCCUCCCGAACUCCCCGGUGGUGUCUGGAGGCGAGAGAAAUCGGAGCCUUGCAAGACAGCCACGGUGCCCGCAGGAGAUGAGGGUGAGGAACUGCUUCUGGCGGGACAUCACGAUCUUCCAGCUGAACUGCAAGACCAGGGGACAGCCCCCCACCAGGCUGAGCAAGACGAUGACUUCUACAUCAAAAUCCAAUUUGAAAAUUUCUGUGAUGGAUCGGUGAAGGACUCGAGCUCGCCUGAGCCUCCCCAGAGGCUGCACACCCAGUACCAAGCUCCCCCUCGUACUCUGGACUGGUGUAGACCAAGAGGAAACAAAGAAGCAGCGUCAGAACGAGUACCUGAGGUACAGGCGCCUCUUCAUGAAUAUCGAGCGAGAGAGCAAGUGAAGGAACAGCAGAGGCAGAAAGAGAGGCAGAAGAGAAUCGCCAGGAUUAAGAGCAAGAAGGAACGCCAGCGCCGGGCGGAAGAGAAGAGGAUGCAGGAGAUGGCUGAGCAGCUCGAACCCUCCCCCCGAGAGGGAGCCUGUGAGACCCUGUCCCAGCUUAAACUGGAGGAGAGGAGGCUGAAGAAGCUUAAGGAAAACCAGCAGCGGAAAAAAGAGUACAUGAGGUACAUCGAAGCUCUAAGAGCCCAGAUGAGGGAGAAGAUAAAACUAUAUAACAUUGACUUGCCGCCGCUGUGCUCCUGCGGGUCUGAUUUCUGGGACUCCCACCCGGAUACCUGCGCCAACAACUGUGUCUUCUACAAAAACCACAAAGGCUGUAAGCGAAACUCUCAUCUCCUAACGCUGCUCCUGUGUCCCGUCCCUCAGCCUACAGCCGCGCUCUGCAGUCCGUCAUCGCCUCCUGCGACCCGGCGGCCGGCCGGCCCUCGGCCAGGCUGUCGCUCCGAGACUUGGCCACCCUCUACGCUCGCUCGGGGAAGCACCUGUGACGAGGGCAGCUGCGUGUGUCGUGUCCCCAUCAUGUCCCCCGCUCCCUGUGUUUCGGUGACCACUGCAAGUGGAGAGCAGGGCUGUGCCCUGUGCCGCCUGCUCCUGCCUGUCCCUCUGCUCCGGCUGCACCUCUCCCGGCUGGUGCCGGAGCAGAUUGCUGGUUUAUAGGCAGGCACUUGGCAUUUUGGCGUUCAGCUGCAGAAUAAACUGUUUUCAAGGGUUGUUUGUCUCA